UUCAGCGUUGGUUUUCUCAUUGAGUGACAAGAGGUAGGCACCACAAAGGAAUUACGUAUUUUUCGCUCCAUAAGACGCACCUGACCAUAAGACGCACCUAGGUUUUAGAGGAGAAAAACAAGAAAAAAAAUAUUCUGAACCAAUGAGACUGCAGACACAGUACAGGAGAUGACCAGAGACUGCAGAAACAGUACAGGAGAUGACCAGAGACUGCAAGACACAGUACAGGAGAUGACCAGAGACUGCAGACACAGUACAGGAGAUGACCAGAGACUGCAGACACAGUACAGGGAUGACCAGAGACUGCGGACACAGUACAGGAGAUGACCAGAGACUGCGG